AGUCUCAGCCUUACCCUGUAUAGGAAUGUACAGAACUGGUCAUAUUGGUUACUGCAUGUCAGAGACUUUUACUGUCCUUUUUCUCUUCUGUUGUCAGGGAUGGCGUCUGCUGAUCUGAGGAAUGAGCUGGAAUGUUCCAUCUGUCUGAACAUUUAUACAGAUCCUGUAAACCUGAAAUGUGGACACAACUUCUGCCAGGACUGUAUUGGCCGUGUGUUGGAUACACAGGAGUGGUCUGGAGGUUAUUUCUGUCCUGAUUGCAGAGAAGAGUUCCAGGAUCGUCCUGCACUGCAGAGGAACAUAACACUGUGUAACAUAGUGGAUAAUUUCCUGUCUGCUCAGCCAGAUCAGGAGGAGUCUGGGGUCUUCUGUACUUACUGUAUUCACACUCCCGUACCUGCUGUGAUCUCCUGUCUAUUAUGUGAGGCUUCUCUGUGUGACAAUCACCUGAGAGUCCACAGCAAGUCGCCAGAACAUGUUUUGUGUGACCCCACCACUUCCCUGGAGACCAGGAAAUGCUCCGUCCAUAAUAAGAUCCUGGAAUAUUACUGCACCGAGGACUCCACCUGUAUCUGUGUGUCCUGCACUUUGGUCGGAGAACAUCAGGGACACCAGAUGGAGACUCUGGAUGAGGCCUCUGAGAUAAGGAAGAAUAAAGUGAAACAUUUUCUGCAGACACUGGUGACCGAGAGAGAGGAGAUGGAGAAAAGUGUCCAAAGUCUGCAGGAACACAGGAGGACAGUACAAGGAAAAGCAGAUGAUGAAACGGAGAGAGUCACUGCCCUGUUCAGAGACCUCAGGAGACGUCUGGAAGACCUGGAGAAUAGAGUCCUGAGUGAGAUCUCCGGACAAGCAGAGCGGGUUUGUCUAUCACUGACAGAUCUGAUCCAACAUCUGGAAAUAAAGAAGGAGGAGCUGUCCAGGAAGAUGGUGGACAUUGAGGAGCUGUGUAACACGACAGAUCCACUGACUGUCCUACAGGAAUCAGACACAGGUCACUUGUGUGAUACUGAGGAUGGAGAUGACAGAGAGAGACAUGAUAAACUCCUCCAUGAUGGAGUGGAUCUGGAUGUGGUGGGGAUCUCGCACACAUUACACACAGGUUUAUCUGAUAUCAUGUCUGGGGUAAAUGUACAGACAUCGGGGGUUACAGACAUAUUAUUGGAUGUGAGCACAGCUGGUAAUGGUCUACAUAUAUCAGAUGACAGGAAAACUGCUUCCUCAUCAUUCUCUCCGAAUUGCCCCAUAGACCCAGAGAGAUUUCGGUGUAAUCAGGUGAUAAGUAAUCAGAGUUUCUCCUCGGGGCGACAUUACUGGGAGGUGGAUGUCGGGGAAACAGAUCUGUGGAGAGUUGGGAUGUGUUACCACAAUAUAUACAGGAGAGGAAAACUGUCUCUGAUUGGAGAUAAUAAGAUGUCCUGGGUUUUGAGGAGGGGGAAUAAUCAGUGCUCAGUGGUACAUGACGAAAUCGGAUACAUUCGUACAGUUCCUCCUGAUGCGGAGCAACUGACUAUAAGGUAUCGACUUGAGCCAAGAGCUACAUGUAUCUCUAUAAACUGCUCCUACUUCUUCUAUGAUUUUAUUCAGAACUUGUGGAUUGUAGCCUUUUUGCUUCAAAUCUUUGUGUCAGAACUUGAGAUUGGAUGA